AUGGUCGAAAACUCGUUCACUCGAGCGCAAGAUGCAAUUAAUGCGGUACUGCAACAAGCGCUUGCUACAGAUUCGACGUCUUUGACUGGAAAACUCUACGCGUCGUGUAUGAAUAUCGACGCGCGCGAUGCCAUUGGCGCACAGCCACUGCAGGACGAAAUCCAGAGCAUCUUGGACGUCUCAAAUAAACGAGAGCUUUUCCACGUGGCUGGACGUCUGGCACGCACUAAUGCCGAUUUCAUCACCAACUUUUCGCCUGGUCCCAGUCUCCAGAACGCGAGUCACAACGUCCUCUGGGUUACGCAUGCCGACUUGAUGCUGGACGACGAGUACUAUCGCAACCCAAGAAUUCUCGAGCACGUGGCGAGGAACAUGUCGCACUAUGCGUCCACGAUCCUCCAGUUGACGGGGUUCCACUUAGACAACACGACGGAGUACAGGAACUACGGAGACGUGGUACUGAAUGUCGAGAAACAAUUGAUUGAGCUGCAAUUGUACACGCAGCUCGACCCGACAAACUCGAGUGAGUACUGUUCGUUCACAUUUGCGGAAACAGCAGCAAAGUACCCCUUUGUGUUUGGUGCGUACGCAGAAGGCAUGCGAGUGAUGGAGGAUGCCCCAGCGCUGACGAACGAUACACUAGUAGCAUUGCGGAGUAUUGCCUACCUUGAAAAAGCCGAGGAAUUUUUGUCGCUCGUCUCGCUGGAUGCACUUAAGGUGUAUGUUGCGUUCAUUUACAUUGACAGCUUGGCGCCGUAUCUCGGUACGCCAUUCAUUGAUGCACGCUUCCAGUUCUAUCGUCAAGCAAUGUUAGGAGUCGAAGUGCCGCUACCUCUCGAAGCGAAAUGUGUAGCAGCAGUGGUCAAAUUGCUGCCGGUACACGCUGGUGCAGUGUAUGUAGUACAUCGUGACGAUAUGAACGACACGGGUGACGCGUUUAUCGCGAUGCUGGAUGAAGUCUUGGAUGCCAUGAACAACAGUAUCAGGACGCUGUACUGGUUGGACGACGCAACGCGAAAUAGUGCGUUGGCAAAGCUCGACGCACUGGAAGUCAUGUACAUUCAGCCUGACGCUACGCAGCUCGAGAAGGAAGCAAGAGGUCUAGCUGAGUUGGACGCUGCAGCGUAUUUUGCCAACGUGAACUUGAUUCACUCGGCUGAGUAUGCCGCUCUCACGUCGGAUAUUGAGACAAGUGUCGAUCGCAGGGAAUGGGGAAUGAGUGCUGCGUCGGUGAAUGCAUACUACACACCCCACAACAACCAGAUUGUGUUUCCUGCCGGUGUGAUGCAGCGGCCGUUCUUUGAGUCUACAGGCAGAGCAGCUCAGGUCUUCGGGGCUUUGGGCGUCGUCGCUGGUCAUGAGAUAUCUCACGGUUUUGAUGACUCGGGCUCGAAAUACGACGCCAAGGGGAAUUGGAACGAGUGGUGGACAAAUGCGACUGAUGAAGCCUUCAAAGCGCGUGCGCAGUGCUUAGUGGACGAGUACAGCCGAUUUUCGGUCGAAGCUGAAGGCGGCGUGCAGCUUGUUCCAGUAGACGGCAAGAAAACAUUGGGAGAGAACAUUGCUGAUAACGGGGGCUUGCGCGUGGCUUUUAAUGCCUACAAAGCCCACGAGGCCUCACAUGGUCGUGACCACGACAGUGGUGGCAACAAUACUACCGACGACGAUCAGCUUUUUUUUCUGUCAUACGCACAGACGUGGUGUGGCAAAGUGCGCGAAAAGACGGCUAUGAACUCAUUCCUCACGAACGUGCACGCGGGGAGCGAGGCGCGUGUCAAUGGUGUAAUAAUGAACAGCGCUGCAUUCGCCGAGGCGUUUCAGUGUCCAGUAGGCACCCGAAUGAACCCAGUCAACAAGUGUGUCGUGUGGUAA